AUGAAGCUCUUGUGUCUCCUCGGGCUUCCAGCCCUAUCAGCAGCCGUUGCCGUCAACAAUACCAACCACAUCUUCAAUGCGAUCCAUUCCUCAAUGCGCCAAUGGGGCUCCUCCAUCAAUCAUAAUGGCAUGUCCUUCUUCCUCGCGUCUGUCCCCAAAGGAACAGCCCUCUAUCACGGAUCCUCUCGCCCGGAUACUCUCGUCGAUAUCGGAUGGAUGGCAUUCGACCCGGAGCACGCCCUGGUUUUUGCCCGACCACCACAUCCCCCGAGGCAUCCUCCCCACGAUGGCCGAGUCCAACAGAAAAUCGUGAUGUCGAAGCACGGGGAUUCAAUGGAAGACCAUGCAGGUUGGCUGCAUACGUACCUGACUACCAAGAAACUAAGACUUGUGUAUGUUGACGGGAUGUCGGCUGGGAAGUCAAAUAUCGGAACGCUGGAUUCCCAGGAUCGCAUCCUCUUUAAUGAUAGCAUCCCGUACGGUGGCGUUAGCCAGGAAACAGAGCGUGCAAAAGCAGUCUGUCGGAUAUCAGCUGAGGAAUGGGACAAUCGGAUCGAUGGUGUUAUCCGCAUGGCUGCCGGAUUCGAGAUCAUUCUCUGUGCGCCAGAGGAGAACCUCGUCGCAGAACGAGUAACAAAAUCCCGACUUCACAAGCCCAAGCAUCACGAGGAUCACAAGCCAAAUCACGGCAAACCGGGUGAGCUCUUGCGUGUUGUCACUUCGAGAUACAACGGGAUCGGAGGAGAUCGUGUGAGGAUCAAUUAUGACCACUUUGUCUCUGUUUACGAUAGCGAUCUCAAUAUCUUUCCAGCAAACAGCACACACAUCACACGCCCUCGACUGACACAUCUGUCCAAAUCAUCGAUUCAGAAGAUCAGACAACGGCUUACAAAUCUGGUUAUGGAUUACGAUAUACACGGAAUGGUCAACUGGCAGGCUGUUGCCGAUAUGACUGUCCAGCAAUACGGCCGCCGUCUACAAGAUCUAGUUUCCUCUCCUCGUUUCAGGGCUAUAGAGUCUCUAAAGGCAGAGAUAGCACAAAUGUGGGAGUCAUUUACCGACUUGGGUUAUUCCAGUCCAGACGUUGAAAUCCAACGCUGCACAAACCGGUUCAUCCCACAUGCUGCUUCUAAGACCUCGCUAGCCCUUGAAGUUACCUUUACCAUUAACGAGCAGAUCUGCUCUACGCUCGCAACGAUUUUGUACGACGAUCAUAAUUAUGCAGUUGCAGUUGGUCGUCUUCAGGAGCUUAUGGAUUAUCUUUCUUGGACUGUGUGGAAAGAAUGCCACGAUUGCCGGGAUGAUGAGUUUUGUGCUAUUCCAAUUUGGCCUCAGGGAUCGUUGGAGGAUUAUGAGGAUCCGAGAUGUCAGCGGUAUGAUUCUGCGUAUGCUGGGGAGAAUGACUACUGGGGGCCUAUCCUCCACUGA